GAGUGUGACAGCGGCUGCGACUGUGGCCGUGGCCGUGGGAGGCGGGUCUGGCGGAGCCCAGCAGCGCGGGGACCGGCCCCAGAGCCCGCUCCCCGAGCGCGUCGCGGCCGCGUGGCCCGGUGGAGCCCAGAGACCAUCCGGCCCCGGCCCCGCGCUGUCGUGAUGUCGGUGGCGGGGCUGAAGAAGCAGUUCCACAAAGCCAGCCAGCUAUUUAGUGAAAAAAUAAGUGGUGUAGAAGGAACGAAACUAGAUGACGAAUUUCUUGACAUGGAACGGAAAAUAGAUGUUACCAAUAAAGCUGUUGCAGAAAUUCUUUCAAAAGCCACAGAAUAUCUUCAGCCAAAUCCAGCAUACAGAGCUAAGCUAGGAAUGCUGAACACUGUGUCGAAGAUCCGAGGACAGGUGAAAACCACCGGCUACCCGCAGACGGAAGGCUUGCUGGGCGACUGCAUGCUGAAAUACGGGAAGGAGCUCGGGGAAGGCUCCGCUUUUGGCAAUGCGUUGAUAGAAGUUGGUGAAUCCAUGAAACUAAUGGCUGAGGUGAAAGACUCUCUUGAUAUUAACGUAAAGCAAACGUUUAUUGACCCACUUCAGUUACUACAAGACAAAGAUUUAAAAGAGAUUGGGCACCACCUGAAAAAGCUGGAGGGCCGGCGCCUGGAUUACGAUUAUAAAAAGAAGCGAGUAGGUAAGAUACCAGACGAAGAAGUCAGACAAGCAGUAGAAAAAUUUGAAGAGUCAAAGGAGUUGGCUGAAAGAAGCAUGUUUAAUUUUUUAGAAAAUGAUGUAGAACAAGUCAGCCAGUUGGCCGUGUUUAUAGAGGCAGCUUUAGACUAUCACAAACAGACCACAGAGAUCCUGCAGGAGCUACAAAACAAGCUACAGAUGCGAAUAUCGGCUGCGUCCAAUGUCCCCAAACGAGAAUACAAGCCACGGCCCAUAAAAAGGAGUCCUAGUGAGCUCAAUGGAGUGUCCACCACCCCUUCAGCAAAGACAACAGCCUACAGCAGAUUGGAAGCAGCAGAUUAGAAAGGCCUGAGGGACUGCUUCGGGAAGGCCCACUGACAGCAGGAAAAAGUGACAGGUCGCAGCCUGACUACAAGGGAGGCAAGAGAGAAACUAUAAAAAGCAGGAACAAAAACGCAAAAGGCACAGCAGUCUGGGGCACUUACUAAAAGACAAAGAGCCCUCCUCAGGUCAGUAGCUUCCAGUAGACCCCACACCUCGCACCCUGAUGGGCACUUAUGUCGACAGCAGUUGUGUGAAUUACCUCUUUCCGUCCCCUUUCCCUACCACCAAAAAAAGAAGAAAAGCAGGAGCAGAGGGCUGUUGUAACUGGCCUUUCCACUGGGAUGCUCUGACCAAAUGCUUCUGGGUAAUGAAAUUCCCAAAGUCAGGGCCAGCAGAGAAGAAGAGAGUAUGGUGGGCUCCUUUGGUGGUCUGAAAAUAAGCCGAGGUCAAGGACAGCUAAAGAGCUGUGAUUUUUAGUGCUACAGAGAGAAGGAUGCCCCCUGCCCCUCUGACCACGCCUUCUUCCUCCACCUCUAUCUCCUUCAAAGUCGGGAUUAGAAAUACAGCCUUUGAGAACAGGCUGGCAGAUCCUGGCAUGUGGCAGAGAGGGAGUAGGGAGGGAGCACAUGAGGUGGCCAGGCUGCAGGAAUGCCAGUCCUGUCAGAUGGCAUCUCCACUCUGGUGUCUAAUCCAUCACCUGGAGUAGACACUGGUUUUGUUUGGUUAUUUACGUACUUACUCUAAUGGAAGCCUGAGCUGCUCACUGUGAAGCAGGACAGAGAAUUAAGCACCUGAAGGACAUCCCUCGAGUGACUGGCAAGGAGAGAUGGGCUGUGGGCAGACCCCCCAGGAUCAGAGAAGGAUUUAGGGGGCGAACACGCCUAAGGAGCGUCCCAACGCCGGGGAUCUCCCAGCGCACGCCCAGGUGAGGAUCCCCCAGCUCACUCCGAGCCCAGCUGAUGGGCCACCCCCUCGGCCAGGGAUGGCUCAGAAGCUGAGUGGGCAUGCAUUCACUAGCUAACAAUUUUCAGAGCGGGCACAUGCCAUGGUGGUCCAGAGGACAGACCCUGGACCUAGACGGGGGUCACGUCUCAGACUGCUGUUUAAUUGCUUUGAACCUCAAUUUCUCCAUCCAUCAAUUGAGGGAAAUAGCAUUACCUUAUCAGAGGGAGGGUUUCUCUGAAAAUUAAAUCUGCUGAUAUCUCUGAGGCAUUUAGAAUAUUGUCCUGGCACAUGGUAGAUACUAAAUAUUGAGAGUUAUUAUUUCAUCCCUGUGGCUGACUGGGACUGCAGAAUUAAUUGUGGGACAGCCGCUAUCGGAAUAAAAUGUGCCCGGCAGUUCUGUACAUGUGAGUUGUCCUUUGCAGCAGGGACUUUGGGAAACAAAAGGUGGGGUCAGAGGAAGGGCAUCCAAAGAAUUUUCCUGCUGUUAAAAUAAGAGGGGACCCAAUAUUGUUAGGAACUGGACCACAUUAUUGCCAAGAGGGAAGGGAAAUUUAUUUUAGGGAGAACGCGAUUUCCCUGCUUAUUGUGUGUUGCCAAUGCAGCGCUGACUGACCAGCUACCUUAAAGUUCUCGUGGUAGGGUCUCUCUCUCUCUCUUUUUCCCUAAUGAUGUGGAACAGAGCUUGAAUAAUAAAUAUUUAACAGGGACACUCCCUUUUCUCUGUUAAAAUAAUCUUUGUUUCAGCACUUUAACAAGGAAGACUGUGUUUUUCCCACCUCUGCUCUCAUGUUACGUGAAGCCAGGUCUCGGGAGUGAGAGAAAAUAAACACGGGUGACCCGGCCAGGGCAGGAGGAGAGGCGGCCUCCUCGCUGGAUGGCUGGGGCUGGGGAUUCAGCUGCCUGUUCUAGAGCGCGCACGGCCACGGCCACGGCGGCUGGCCAGGAGCUCACGUGCACCAGAAAGCGCGGAGGUGGAGAUGGUGGCGUGAGACCCCAGGGGAAAAGGGGGUAGCUGUUCAACAAAGACGGGGCGCCAGGUGGGACCCAUCCUUUCUGCUGGGAAGAUCUGGGCAGAGGCGUGGCUUCGGAUCCUGGGAAGCCAGGCACUCAGGCAUCUAGUGCACGUGUGUGCCUCGUCCAGUUGGAAAGAUCCCAUUGACGACAUUGUCGCCAUUCUGCCUGCACUUUUGGGUUCCACCUCUGGGGAGAGGGAAAAUUCACGCACUGUGACUCAAGUGGGCACGGACUUUCUUUCUUUAUCUGAACUUACUUAUGAGCCUCCGUUUAGACCAAUGGUGGAAACAACUUAAUCUUUUUUCCAUUUCUACUGUUGGCCAAAAACAAAAAAAAAAUUAAUCUUUUUUCCAUUUCUUCUAAUGGUGGAAAAAAAUGUAAUCUUGCCAUUUCAAGGUAACUCCGUCCCUUCCAAUAGAAAGCACAGACUGUCCACCUAUUGCUUUGUCAAUUCGAGAUUUAAACCCAGUCAAUUCAGUUGAAAUUUGCUGUCAGGACUAUUGGUUUUUCCUCAAAGGUUCUCUCCUACCUCCUUCUCUACCCCAGGAGGUUGCCUGGGCGCACGGGGGAGUUUAGGGAACUUUACGGUGACAGAUGAGGAAGCUUGUCUCACGCUUAACUGCUCCCACAGCUGAGAUAACUCGUCACUCAGGGCUGGCCUGGGUCUGGGGCCCAAGCCUCUGCCUCUGGGUUGCCAGAUCUCUGCAUUCGGAGCCUGUGUGCCCACCCCCAGGCCCUCUCUGGUCCACUUGCCCCCUCGGCUUUUCCUCACUUCGUGCUGGGACUCGAGGAGAUGUGUUCACAGUUCGUGGGGAGCCCAGGGUUUCCCCCCCCACCGGCUCCCUUUCUGUUUAAUUACACCACCUGCCAUUUCCACUGUGCUCAGCGCCCCCAGGUUGGUAGGUCACUUGGAUAGCCUGCUUCUCCCAGAGUUUCACGGGGAAGUGGGGCUAAGAGCCCCCAACCCCGGGGUGGAAUCCAGGGAGCACUUCAGCCUUCUUGCCUGCCAUCGUCUCUCUCCAGGCCUCUUCCCUGACUCCAGGAAGAGCUCCUGUGUCUUCUCUGGAUGGCAGGAAGCAGCCCUUCUCUCUCUACAACUUGUAAUAACAAAUCUCUGUGCUUUGAGUUCUUCAAGCUCCUUGGAACUCAAAAGUCUCCACCCCCACCCCUUUGCCUCUUAAAUCUCUUAAA